UUCAGCUCCUAAACACGAAAGUCAUUAGCAUAAAUUAGCAAAACCUACCAGGGAGGAUCCAUUAAGGCUGUGUCCACAUUGGUAGCACCCAUGUUGUUGGUUGUGCCCUCUCAGAGAGAGCGCACUGGCGCCAGCUGAUAUGCUGCCUCCCCUGGUUGCGUGGAAACUAAAAAAAAAAAAAAGGCGAGCCGUGAACUGUGCUGUGGAAGCAUCUCAAGCGGCGCAUCGUGGCUCUCCGAACCGAAACCUGCACAAGUUUGACAUACAGAUGUGCUGGAGUGAGAAAGCGCUGCUAACGCUCAUCAGUUACCAGGGAGAUUGAUGCAUUCCCAGAGCAUGCCCAUGUCACAACAUGUCCAUCCUGGUCGACUAUGUGGUAAUGUGUCUGCUGCUGCACAGCCUUGUGCUAAUGACCUUCUGCUUUAACAACGCCGCCACCAGUUGCUCCAAACGCUGCUACUGCUCAGAGAGUGAAGGCGGCGGCGGCAAGACGGUGCGCUGCAGCAAUCAGCAGCUCACCGAGAUCCCGCAGGACAUCCCCAAUGACACACGACGAGUCUACCUGGACUUUAACCUCCUCACUUCAGUCCCGGCCAACGCUUUUAUUGGUUUGUCCCACCUGGUGGAACUGGAUCUGUCACACAAUGACAUAAGCCAGCUGGAGCCUGGAGCAUUUAGAGGUUUGGGCUCUUCGUUGCAAUUCCUUGACCUUUCUGCCAAUAAGUUAGUCCAUUUUAAUCCGGAUUCCUUCGAAGGCUUGCGGGCUCGUGCCAAUUUAACAAACAAUCCCUGGCAUUGUGACUGCAACCUGCAGAUGGCCAUGCCCCACGUGGACCUGGAGCCUGUGUCACUGACCGGUAUCGUGUGCCAGACUUCAGAUCCAGAGGAAAUGAACGUUCAGGGACUGGCCUUCCUCUUGGAGCCGGAUGUUGACCUAUGCGUGGUGAUGAAGAGGACUACAGAUGUGGCCAUGCUGGUGGUCAUGUUCGGUUGGUUCACAAUGGUCAUCUCCUACCUGGUCUACUAUGUCAGGGCCAACCAGGAGGACGCCCGCAGACAUCUGGAGUAUCUCAAGUCGUUGCCCAGCAGGCAAGCAAAGUCGGAGGAGUCUUCCACCAUAAGUACUGUUGUAUAAGCUACCAGUUUUGUACAACAAAAACCACGUAGGUGGGCUACAUACCAGAAAAACUGUCUUUCUUCUGACUGAUGUGUUUUUUUUAUUCCAGUUUCUCUUCCGUACUUUGUGAUUCCUGACAAAACUUCACCACUUAAAUAGCAUCUCAAGUACAAGCAGGCACUGCAAUUUCGCUCAGCAGAAUUGAGCCAAUAAAAGUAUGGCAAAUGUCAAGUCACACCCACAAGGCUGCGUGAAGGACAAACACCGUGCAGGAACAGGACUCAUGUUACUUUAAAAAGAGAAAAUUACUUUUAAAAGUCCCUUGUUUAUCGCGGUUAAUUGGUUCAUUUCAGACUAGACCGCGAUAGGUGAAUUUCUGCAAAGUAGGAUUCGAUAUUAAUAAAUGGAAUAUUUUCAUAGUUAUGGCAUAGAAAAUCUGUUUACGGUUUUCUAAAUACGGUUUUUAACAUUAUUAGAGUGCCCGCGAGACAUGAAAAAUCACCCAUAUAGUCACCUUUACAUUUGUAUCACCAAAUAUAGUAGAUAUAUAUAAUCAGAGAAAAGACAUAUUAGACAUAAAUAAGGUAACAUGGACUCACACCCUAGCAGUUCCUUUUUCUGGACAGCAUGGUGGCUAUUGUCUCAUCAUUGUAUUGUAAUGGCGGCUUUAAAUGGCUUUACACUCCUAUUACCCAAUACAGUAGUUAUAAUGAGAGUUAAUAAGCCAUUUAAGACAUAAAUAAAACUGCUGUUCGUGUGUCACAGUAAAUGUGUUCCCUAGCGGACCUUAAUGUGUAGAGGACAGGAAGUGACGUCUGAGGCUCAGAGUUGCGUUUUAGCUUGUCGUGGGUUAUGGCCCCAACAGUAGCCCAUGUUAUUAUUAUGAUUAAGAUUAUUAUGUUAUUAUUGUGCCUGUUGUGAGAUCGUUUGAACUUGGAAUAAAUGCCUUUUCUGGUGCUCACGU